AUGAUGAUGGUAGAUCUGAAAGUGGCUGAGUACCUGCAUCCUCAGAUCAAGGCUCUGUGGGAGACCAAGGGACCUGUGACAGAGAUCUCUCAGGGUAAAAAAUAUACUGCACAAAUGGACAGUUCCAGUCCUGAGACCUUUCGCCAACACUUCCGGAAUUUCCACUAUCAUGAAGCAGCUGGACCCCGGGUGGCUGUUGGCCAACUUCAGGAAUUAUGCCGUCAAUGGCUGAGACCAGACAUACACUCAAAAGAAGAGAUCUUGGAUCUGCUGGUGCUAGAACAGUUCCUGACCAUUCUGCCCAAGGAUACUCAGACCCAGAUAAAAAAGCACCACCUACAGAGCAUUGAAGAGGCUGUGGUCUUGGUAGACCACUUGCAGAGUGAAUCUGGUCAAACAAAGAAUGGGGUUGCAGUCCAUGUGCUGGGAAAGGAGGCAGUGCUCUUGGGAGAAACAGCAGAGAACUCAGGCUUCAAACUGAAGCCAGCAGAGUCCCAGCCAGUGGGCAGGUCCCAGGAUGAAGAAUUUUGGAAUGAACAACAGCUGAGCAAGAAUACUCAUAAAGAAACUGAGCCUAUGUGUGAGAGGGCCGUGCCUACUCACCAGAUCCUAGACUUUCCUGAGCAGACAAACACCAAAGACUGGACAGUGGCACCUGAGCUCAUCUUACCUGAGUCCCAGAGCUUAUUGACAUUUGAAGAAGUGGCCGUGUAUUUUUCCCAGGAAGAAUGGGGAUUACUGGAUAUCAGUCAGAAGACUCUCUACAAUGAUGUAAUGCAGGAAAACUAUGAAACUGUCAUCUCUCUAGUUGUGCCUACUCACCAGAUCUUAGACUUUCCUGAGCAGACAAACACCAAAGACUGGACAGUGGCACCCGAGUUCAUCUUGUCUGAGUCCCAGAGCUUGUUGACAUUUGAAGAAGUGGCCGUGUCUUUCUCCCCGGAAGAAUGGGAGUUACUGGAUCCCAGUCAGAAGGCCCUCUACAAUGAUGUAAUGCAGGAAAACUAUGAGACUGUCAUCUCUCUAGGGUUAAGCCUCAAAAAUAACAUUGAAAAUCAUCAAUCUAUAUGCCUUUCUGACUUAGAAAUGCCAACACCAGAUGACAUAGUUUCAAAAAUGGACAGAGUGAAAGUUCUCCAGAAAACAACAGUCAAAGAGAAUCAUGGUGAUAUGCACAAGGUGGGGAAAUGUCACCAAGACUUUUCAGUGAAGGAAAGAGAGAAACUUUCAACAUGGAGACAAGAGCUACUGAAACUUAUAGAUCGUCACAAGAAAGAACGUGCAGCAGAGAAGUCUUUUAAAUGUCAGGAAUGCAGGAAAAGCUUUAGAGUUAGCUCUGACCUUAUUAAACACCAAAGAAUUCAUACUGAAGAGAAACCGUAUAAAUGCCCACAGUGUGAUAAGAGAUUUAGGAGGAGUUCAGAUCUUAAUAAGCACUUCAAAUCACACCAAGGGAUAAAACCAUAUAAAUGCUCAUGGUGUGGGAAGAGCUUUGGUCAAACUUCAAGUCUACACACACACCAAAGAACUCACACCGGAGAAAAGCCCUUUAUGUGCCAUGAAUGUGGGAAAAAAUUCAUUCAGAAAUCCCACCUUAUUAAACACCAGAGAACCCACCUAUAG